AUGGAUCCGAGAUCUCACCCUUCGCGGCCCCCAUCCACCAGUCUACCCCAAGGCUCCACGCCUCUGUCCUCCACGCCUAUCUCCAGCAUGCCUAUGCCGCAGUACACCAUGCAGCCCCAGUACCCUGUGUCGCAGCCGCACACUCUCCCCCCGCUGCAGCCUCAUCACACACAGUCUCCGGGCCCUCACUCUUACAUGGGCCAGCCGCCGUACCGGCCGGAUCUGUCGAGGUUCCCCGCGUCCACCCAUGAUGUUUACGCGUCGUCGACCGCUCCCAUCAUGCCGCACACCACUGUGGGCAGCUUGCCUCCGUCGUCCUUCCUCUCUCAUCCCAACCCGCAAGCUCAGCCUCAGUCGCAACACUAUCCCCCCCCUCACAGCGUGCUGCCUCCCGCGUCCAGUGCGCAGACGUACCCGCAGCCGAUCGCCCCGGCUCCUCCGCGGGAUCGUCGGGGUGAGUACCCGGGUAUGCCUUCGGGCGCCUUCAGCUACACGGAUGGCAAGGGCUCUCCGUGGAUGAACGGGGAUCCCGUCGCGCAAGCCAAUGGAGCCUCGCCAUAUGGGAAGGAGCCGCCUCGCACGCAGGUGGUCGGGUCUCAGGGCCGCCGCGGGAUCCUCCCGAGUGUUCCGGGGCGUGCGACUCCCGUUACCAACGGUGUCAAUGGUACCGCGAAGAAUACCACGAUUCCGGCCAAGGAUGCCGACGGAAAGUUCCCUUGCCCGCACUGCAACAAGACCUAUCUUCACGCGAAGCACUUGAAGCGCCAUCUUCUCAGACACACCGGUGAUCGUCCGUACAUGUGUGUCCUGUGUAAAGACACGUUCUCGCGCAGUGAUAUCCUCAAGCGCCACUUCCAAAAGUGCUCGUUACGCCGCGGCAACCCCACGGGAGCGACCCACCUGUCGCAUCCCCAGGCGCAUUUGAAGAGAUCUCAAGCUGCGAAUCCUAAGCCGAUUCAGGAUGAAGUCAGUAGUACCGUCCCGCAGUCCCAUGGUCUUCCGGGUACGACUUUCGGCGAGGGGGCCGUGAACGGGAAUGGGCUGGCCCAUGGCCGACCUGGGUUCACGGAUCAGCAGCCGCUGGGUUUUUCGAUGUCGCCGGUCAAUGGGAUGCACCGUGGUCAACCGGACGACGCGUAUCCCGCUGGUCAGCCGCAUCAGAGAGGUCCCUGGCUGGCGGCUCCCAAGCAGAACCCGUACCUGGUGCACCCCGGCACUGAUGCCUCUAGCCAGCAGCACUUGAGUGUUGACCGUCCUUCCUUUGAGCAGGUAAAGCCCCCGGUCAUCCAAGACCCCAAACGCCCUGUCAUGCCGGGGCCCACUCCCAAUCACACUGGCGAAAUUGACUGGACCUCGAUGUUUCAGCCCGGAGCCUCCGACGGCUAUAUGAACCCGGUUUUCCCCCAGUCCAUGGCCGCGGGCCAGGAGCCCAUCCAUGCCCACGUCGAUGCCGAGCGCAAGUACUACCCCACUACGACUGCUCCCGGUCCCCAGGAGGGUGGCAUGAACGGCCUGUACCUGGCCUCGACCACCAUUGGUGGUGAUGGUACGGUUCAGCCGGCGCGGCAAUAG